AUGUCAUCUCUGUGGGGUCGCAAAGAUCCAGGGAGUGAGGGACGCUCUAGCCAAGAUGGAGAACACCGUGCGCCAGAGAGAUCCCAAGAGCCCACUGAACGAACAAGACUUCUCCCGGAGAAUCAUCAGGCAUACUUGAGUCCUGAUGACCCAGCAGUAUCGCCGUACAAUCUAUGGAGUGUCCGCGCUCUGCGCGCCAUCUCACUUCUAGCAUUGGGGCUUAGUUUCGUCUGGUGGACGUUCCUGUUAGUAUCUAUCUUCGUCAGUCCACCGAUGAUGCACCCGAGAGGGUCGGGUUUCUUCGCGUUUUCAUACACGACUCUAGCGACUGGAUACCUAGUCCUGGGACUACUAUUCUUCGCGGUACCGUCCAAACCGAUGACCAUCUGGGGCAUCUUUAUCGCCGUGCUUCUUCUGGUGAAUAUGUGUCUUAUCCUAGGUGUGGCACGGAUCCGUCUUGAAGAAGGAUGGGUUGGAAUUGCCUCUGUUGUCUGGGUGGCUCUCAUCUCUAUGUGGCAGGUUCUUUUGAAUCGUGCCGUUGCUUGGGGGAAGAAGGAAGAAGAGGAGCGUUUGACUGGUCGGGAGGAGACUCGUCGCUCGCUUUUGGAGUGGAUGGCUGUCGUCGCUGAGACAGUAUUGCUUGCCAUUAUGGCUAUCGCUGUUGUCUUGUUCACAUCUACGCUUAUCAUUCGUGCGCGUGACGUUUCUCUCCCUCCUCCAGGUGAGCGAUACCUCGUUCAUGGAGACCUGUACCAAGUACAUCUCGCUUGUGUGGGAAACAAGACCAACGACGAGAACUCCCCAACGAUCCUCCUCGAAGGUGGAACUGGCCCAGUCGAACAUACACUGCAGCCGUUCAUGGACGAUCUAUACCUCCGUGGAUCCAUUGAUCGAUACUGCUACUGGGACAGACCAGGGUUUGGCUGGUCCGACAAUGCACCCUCUCCCCAUUCAGCAGGCAUGUCUGCAGAUGUGCUAGCAGAAGCACUAGCUCUCGCAGAUGAGACAGGUCCCUGGGUAGUCGUUUCAGCAGGGGUUGGAAGUCUCUAUUCCAGGCUCUUUGCCAGCCGCAACCUACUUGAAGUUCGCGGUAUCUUCAUGAUUGACCCGCUACAUGAAGAUUACUUGGGUGAUCUUGGGAAACCAGGCCGUGGUUUUGUGCUCUGGUUCCGUGGUAUCCUGUCUCCGCUUGGACUGGACCGACUUGGUGGGGCCUUGAUCCGGGGUCGCACUCGCCUGGAUCGUAUUGCUGGGCGCUCGGCGUAUCAGACUGGGAAGUUCAUCAAGGCAAAGCUGCAAGAGAAUCUCGUUGCGGUCACGAUGACUGCCGCUGAGGUGCAGUCUGCUCGUCAUGUCCAGAUGGGACAUGCUCCGGUCGUCGUUGUGAGUUCUGGCCAAGAGGUUCGCAAGGAUUCCCGCUGGUCAGAUCGACAGGAGGAUCUGUCGCACAUCACUAAUAAUCUUCAUUCGUGGGAUGUUGUCUCCGAUGCACCACACGAAGUAUGGAUGACUGGCGAAGGGAGGGUUAUGAUUGAGAAACGCUUGAAGGAGCUUAUUGAAGCAGGUCAGUCAUUUGAGUCAUGA